CUAAAGGUGUGUGAAGUCGAGUAAAGGAAGCAUUUCGAAAACAAGGUCCCACUUGGCCUACAAGUCUGUGUGCAAACACAGGCUCAUUCUCUCUUUUCCCAGGGCCUUGUCGAUAGGAAGGAAGGAGGGACAGGCCUGCGACAAUGGGCCAGCGGGAGUUGACUCAAACAGCCAAUUCCUGGUGAUUUCCUCUCCCUGCCGAGGGGGCCAGAGAAAGUGGGAAAAGGAAGUUCAGCCGAGGAGGACUGGAGGCAGGAGGAUCGCUAGGAACAAAAGGGGCAGCUUCCUGAACUAUUUCCAGCCCUGGCAUGGCAGCACAAUCCGCCUGAAGAAGCAGCCGCCUUGCAGAUUUCGCCUUGCUGCCGAUUUCAGAACUGGACUAGGCCGAAAGACAGCAGGGGGUGGGUGGGUGUCUGUUGCACAGACCAGGGUGCUGUGAAGGCAUCUGCGCGUCGUGUGGAUGCCCCUGUGCGUGCUUUGACACCGCUGGUGCUGCGUGUGGGACCCCAGCGCUCAUGGAGAGGGCAGGAUCUUUGCUUAUGUCCUUGCACAGAGCAGCGACUUCUAACAUAGACCUGGAUGUCAAGAAACCCACUCCUCCCAAGCUGCUAUGGCACCAGCCUGUGAAUAUCUUCUUGGCCCGUCCUGUUGGGGUGGAGGAGCUUCACCAUGAAGCUGAACUCAAUCUCCAGAGCUUGCUCCAAGAAGAGUACGAGGAGCCUUACUCAGAAGCCAGGGCCAGUGGCCAGACCUUCCGCUAUGCCAGUUCUCAUUCUGCAGACAGGCCCCUCGACUGCAGCCCCCGGCCCCCAGUACCCAGCAAACGCUUGGAGUUUGUGUUCAUGCCUGCAAGCCAGCAAGUGAAGGAGAACGAGACAACCACGCUUGGGGUGAGGGCCCCAGAGCCUUCAAUUAGCUUGCCCACUACGCCAGACAAGCACACCACCUGGACCCGAACUGGCCCUCUGCCCUCCGUUGAUGAGAGGAGGUUGCACCAGCCCUGUUCAACCCAAGCCAACAUUGUUCCCAUCAACGUCUCUGGACAGCCGUUCGCUCGGCACGCAAGUACUCGCCACUCCCUCUUCAACACAGAGACAGCCAUGAAUCCCAAGUCCUUGCUUCGCCGGAGACGGACGGUCAUCGGCUUUCCCCACCUCGCCCUGCGGGACCCAGGGAACAGCAACGGCCCCAUUCUCAACCCUCCAGCGACCAUCGCAGAGUCCGCCUCUUGCAAUUUUGUCCCUGAGGUGGCUAACGGGAGGAGCUCCACCCACCAGGCCCGCUCCCCGCAGCCAAGGCCACAGCUGAGGAAGACCUUCAGUGACCUUGGGGGAGUUCUACAAGGACGGUAUUGCCAGGGGCCUGCUGGCCACACAGACAACCCUGGGGCAGUGUAUGCCAGCCCAUCGUGCAACGGCCCCAAGGAGGACUUGACAUUCUCCCCUGCCUGGAGUGCAGCAUCUUUUGGCUACGUGAGCCCUUCCGCGAGCCAGAGUGAGCUGGUGAUGGAAAGUGGGGCCCAGUCUCCCCGCAGCCAGAGGGGAACCCCAGACUCUGACCGGCCUGCUUCUUUCUUCAUCAGCAAAGACAACGCAGUUGGGAGCAACGGGUCUGGGGCGUUCUGCGCUUCUCCUGAGUCCCCUGUAGAUGCCAACGGAGGCUUGAGGUGUGGGGCAGCGGAGGUCAAGGCUCGUUUAGUCCCCGCCACCCUGAGCGAAGAGGAGUGCCCCCAAGCGGAGAGGCAGCGGGUGAUGUGCAAGUUCCGCGAGAGGUCUCUCUCCGUCCCCACUGACACAGCCUCCUUGUGCUCCAUGGACAUCGGGGGCAGCGAGACCUGUGCCCUGAGCUACCCCAGCGCCAGCUCCGAGGGCAGCACAAGCACAGACAACGUCUCGCUAGCGGUGGAGGAGGCUCAGGUGAGGUCACGGCGGCCGCGCACCAAGAGCAUCUCUCUCAAGAAGGCCAAAAAGAAGCCCUGCCCACCUACCCGCAGCGUCUCAUUGAUCAAGGAGGGGCAGCUAAGCAUCGCAGAAGCUGGUGACGAGCCGCUGCCGCAGGACCAGAGACCAAAAAGUCUGUGCUUGCUGCCCGACGCACAGGCCCAGAGCCAAGUCCCUGGGGACACAACCAAAGAGCUGGAAAGCGUGCCGUACUCACAGCAGUGGUACAUGCCAGAGUGGAGUCCUGGCGACCCCUAUUGCUCUCUCUCUGGCUCCAGCACAGCCACUGGGACCACCGUGAUCGAGCUCUCCAAGGCACGGGGUAGCUCUGAGUCCCUCCCCUCCCCUUCCGUCUCCCGGGCCACCACACCUUCCCAGCUCUCUGCUGAGGUCAACUUGAAAACCUCCUCCCCGGCGAGGCCGACAGGGGUGAUGUCUCCCUCCAGCGGCUACUCCAGCCAGUCGGAAACUCCAACCCCAACCAUCCCAACAUCUGCCGUUCUGGGCCACACCCCGCAUCAGAGUGGGCGCGCGAGACCCCUUGUGCCCGAGAGGAAGUCCUCACUGCCCCCAGUCUCGCCCAUGGAGCGAAGCCCCAAGUCACGGCUGUCCUUCGACCUGCCGUUCGCGCCGCCGUCACACCUGGACCUCUCGGGGCUGAAGAUCUCUCUCAAGGCCAAGCCCAAAGUGAGCCGGCACCACUCCGACUCCACCUUUGGAGCCAAGCUGGGGCCGAAGCUCAGCCCCGUGCAGCCCGUCAUGCCCAUGGUGACACAGCUGGACCUGCGCUCCGUCCGCCUGCGGUCCAUCAGCCGCUCCGAAACAGAGGACAACCUAGAGAGCCUUGAGCCUGUCGAGGAGCCUGGCAAGAAGGUCCGGCCCCCGGUGGCAGAGAAGCCGCCCCUUUCCAGGAGGCCCCCGAUGCUCCUGCACAAGACCCCUCCAGUCCAGGAAGAGUCCCCCGUGGGCUCCCCAACCUCUCCACUGACACCCCAGGGCUCGGUCGCCGUAGAGAACGUUUACAUAGUGGCCAGGAGGCCUGAGCACCAGUGGGAUGCAGAUGCCUGGAGCCCUAUGGAGCCGCAGCCCCCCGUGGCAGCCGUCUCUCCAGCACAAGGGCCCCCGGGGACAUUCUUCUCUGCCCGGCGGCUUUCCGAGGACAGCUUGGAGGAGGAGCUGAAGCCAAGGCUGCCGCUGGAGAGAACACCUGGCGGGGAGAGCCACAGAACCAAAGUCCCUCCCCCUGUCCCCAAGAAGCCUAGUGUGCUUUACCUGCCGCUGGUGAGCUCCCCGCUCCACCCAGGGGCCUGCGUCGGGGAUCCGAGGUUGGCUGCCAGCCCUGUCAUCAUGCUGGACGAGGACUGUGCUUAUUCCGAGCUGACUCCGUGCAAGGCAUUGACCCCUGUGGCUAACACAGUGAGCAUCAGUCCGACGACUGCAGGGUUGUCUUGGGGAAACGUUUCAGGGAGCUCAGUGGGCUCAAGGGCCGAAGAGAAAAGCUUUGUAAGUGACAAAACCGCCGAGUCGAUAACCGAGGAGGACGACGAUGUGUUUGUGACAUCCCGAACCACAGAGGAUUUGUUUACUGUCAUCCACAGGUCCAAACGGAAGUUGCUUGGUUGGAAGGAAUCCGGCGAAGCCUUUGGCAACCGGCAGAAUUCAAAGAGCAACGAGUGCGCUCCGACGGGCGUCACAAGAACCUCCAGCAGGAAUGAAGAUUUUAAGGCACUCCUUCAAAAGAAAGGUGGCAAGGGCGCUUCAGGCAUCCGUACGUCUGCGGCUGAACUUCUGAAGACCACCAACCCCUUGGCUCGGCGAGUUAUGACCGAGUUUGCUGUGGACGGGACAAUUCAGGGCCCUAAGACCCAGCCAUGAGUAUGUCAAGAGAGAGAGAGAGCUUUGUCAUUUCGCGCAAUGCCCUAAUCCAACCCUUGGGGAGAUCUGCUUGGCUAAGGGUCAGGGUGAGCCUACCACUCCAUUACCGGGGUGGGGGGGUUGUGUUGUUGUUUUUCAUCUUUGUUGAUUUGUUGGCAGUGGUGCCAGACUUUUUUCUGUUUCUUUUUUUACUGGAGGGGGGACUCCUGACCCAAGAAAAAGUGUCUUAAAUGCAGAGCACACACUCAUCCCCAAUGGAAUCAGCCACACAUCUUGGCCCUAAAGGGAGGAAGCUUUUAUAUCUUUUUCCACACUGGAAGAAGGACCUGCAGCAUGGGUGUUCCUAGACAGGGCUAUCCUGCAUUGGUAUCAGACCUAGGCCUGGCACCUUCUUCAAUUGCAUGAGGAGUGGGAUACAUCUUCUCUUUUUCAUCCUGAUCCUCCUGGUUUCCAAGACUACAAAUUUGGCGGGUUGGGGAGUCCCCCUGUGCUGAUUUCUUCUCUGCAGUGAAGCUAGCUUGGAACUGUUCAGAGUUUCUUUGGCAUGUGGUACUUUCGGUGCUUGUAGGAUGCAAUAUAUGGCUGUUGUGGCUUCUUUUCUUUUUAAUCCCACCCCCCCACCCCACCCUGCAGAACCUGACUUGAUCCUUUUUAGUUUUGACUGCGAAACUCCUGAGGUAGUGGUGGCAGGGUGGAAAGGUGGUCACUUAGGAGGCAGGUGUUGUUCAAGCAGAGGAAGAGCAAAGAUGCCUGUUUUUAUUGAUGAUGCCUGACGGUCAUAUCAGGGCUCAGCCCCACUUCUGUCAUUCCUAGUCACGGGUCCGAGAAGCUAUUUUGCCCUUUCGCUUUCCCUGGAGAAACCUGCUGCUUAUGCCUGAAUUGGAAGAAACGCCAGUCAGGUUUCCUGUGGACUAAGAUUUGUUUCAGUUCAGCAGUGAACAGUGGGUUUUCCCGGGGAGAGCGGCGGGACAAAAUUAAAGCCUCUCAGACCCAUGACUAGCAAUCAUGAGGCUUUUAAUCUCAGGGUGGUGAGUUCAAGCCUCAAGUUGAGCGAAAAAGCUCCCUGCAUUGCAGGGGGCUGGACUAGAUGAUCCUCGUGUUCCCUUCCAACUCUACAGUUCUGUGAUUCUUAGGAUGAGCCCUAUGACUCCAGUGUCCUUAACCUAUUGCUUGCUGUUCUUUUGCUCAGGGCGGGCAAAAUUCCCCAAUCUGGCCUCAUCACCCUUCAUCCUAAUAUUUCUAUGCUGGCCCUUGAGAAUUUUGCAAUAUUCGUUCAGCUCUCGGGAGGGCUGGCACCAUUUUGAUAUGGGAUUGCUUCCCCCACUGCCUUAAAUGCAAAUAUUCAGCUUGGAAUCUGAAAGAUUUUCCUAGCCCUUCUAUAUCCUUGGAACCAGAAAUCCAUUAUCUGACCAGAAGCUCUCGUUAAUGCUGUUGACCUGCUUCUCUUCACAGCCUUAAAUGGAACAAAAGUAAAUUGUCUUGUAGCUGCUGGGUUCCUGAGCUAAUUCUGUCUUUAGAGCCAAAUCCUGCACACAAUGGACUCUGUCCAGCUGGGACACCAUGGGGCUCUUUGCAGACACCAGUCUUAGACUAAUGGGCUGGUUGUUCAGUGCCAUCUUGAACAGUGGGCGUAUGAUUGAACUGUACUGGUGGGGUAAUAUUGUUUUAAGGAUCAAUUCAAAGAGUUGGGGCUGAAUAAUCGUUGCAGCAGCUAUCUGCAGAUUCUUCACUUCCGUCCUUGGUAGGAUUCUUCUUUUAACAUCAUGAAGAUGAAAAAAGAAUUAAAAGCAUCUUGCAGCACUGUACGCACUUGCAGAUGAAUUGUGGCAUAAACUCUCAUAUACUAGAGCCUGCUUAUUCUGAUUAACUAGGUGUUUUCCUAAGCUGGGAUACAUGUGAGCAAAGGGAAGGGCAUACUUUAAAUGGUGGAGGGCAAUUGGCCACAGAAUUUACAAUCUGUGGUCAUUUUAUGAAAAGGUUAAACCAAUGGUGAACCUUCCAGAGGUUGUUGAAGCUUGGCUUCCAUCAGUCCCCGCCAGCGCAGCCCAUGUCUCGGGAUGAAGGGACAGGCAUAGGCAAACUCAGCCCUCCAGAUGUGUAAUGCCAGUAGCAUCUGGUCAGCUACUGAGUUUUAGGCUCCUGUUUUCCAUGAGUCCUAGGGAGUAUGGAAGGUGGGUCAUUUAAAAAGAGAUAACAAGGAUCAGUAAAAUGCCCAACUCCUUCCCCAAUAACGUAUGGCUCCUUCCAGUGAUUAUCUUAAACCUCGCCUAUUUAACUUGAAGUGAGCAAAAAUCACAAGAUCCUCUGUAGGAAUCUAGGAUUUGCCAUGCACCUCCUAAGAUCAGUCUACCCAUGUUCAAUACAAAGUUGUUGUUUUUCCCCUCAGGAUGCUUUCACAUGCUGCAAAAUACUGAAAAAAGACCAGUGUUCAAAUUAUGGUAGAUAGGGUUUGGGGGUUUUUUUCUGAGAGGGGGUUAGUGAAAUUCAUGAGACUGAUGCCCUAAACCUCCCCAAUUUCAGCCAAAACAUGUCCCACAUUUGAAAAAGCAGGAGCUAAGGGGGAAAUUAUAAAAAGUUAGGGUGUCUGGGGGCCCUUUGCGUCACCCUUGUAAUAUGGGAACCGAACGGUCUCCCCACAGAAUGUACAUAUUAGUGCUUAACAUUCUCUUUUUGUAAAUGCUAUGGUGAAAAUAGGAAGCGUAACUCAUUCUUACUUCCUGUUUCAGUGAUUGUUAGAACAUGGGGAAGGGCUACAGCAAUCACAGAUAAACUUGGCAAAAGAUAAUUUCUUUUAGGUAUAUCCAAAGGGGCUUGCUUGGAAAGACUAGGGGCAUAUUUACAUUGCAAAAUUUAGCUAGUUUGAAGUGAAGGUGGAACUCAUGUCAUCACACACACACACACACACACACACACACGCCUGCUCCAGGAACCCUGGGAGCUGGAGUUGUAUGAGGUUGCAAAUAAUGUUUUUUUUAUUCAAUCUCUAUACCUAUAGUUUCCAGGUUCAUUGGUCUGGACUUGUGACAUUUAAAUGGGCCUGAAACUGGUUGCAACUAAGGGAUGAAGGAGUAAUUUGCUUCUGUUUGUAUUGAAAUGCAUACCAAUCUAACCCACACUUCCUGAAAAAUAUGUGAACUGAAAAAGCUAGCCUUCAAAAUCUGCACUCCUCCAAAUUUUGUCAUGCAGUUCUCCGGCCAAAUAAUGUUUACAAAAAAAUGUGCCUACUAUCAUCAUCAUCAUCAUCAUCAUCAUCAUCAUCGUCAUCAUCAUAUAUUUCUUCAUCGCCUUCUAAACAACCAUCUCAAGGCAAUUUUCACGUAAGAUAAUUUUUGAAAACACACACACACAAAAACACACAAAACACAUUUGAAUCAAGACUAAAACUCUAGCAAAAUAAACACUCAUGGUAAAGGCCCAUUUAUCCCACUAGGAAAACUGUGUUCAAUUUUAACUAUAGUUACUUGACACAAGCUAACAGCCUAGGUUGCAAAGCUGGCUUGUUCAAUUUAUAGUUAAAAUUAGCCACAGUUUAGGUUUCAAACAAUGCACUAAACCGAGACUAAUCUAAAAUAGAAGCUUCUGCUCAUCUCACAAGGACAUUUUCCCUGCCUUGGAGAGCUUUUCCUGGCUGGGAUGUAUCUUUUAACUGUAAUAAAAUUACUUGCUUGUCUGGAUGGGGGAAUGGAGAAAUGGAUGGGUGUCACAACAUUUAUCUUUUAUGUAGUUGGAAUGUAGCAGUCACAUCCCUUGAAGUGUCCACUUUUGCCUCUGGCCCUUCCCACCCCUGGUUUUCAGGUCCUGGGCAAGUUCCCCAUGCGCGAAUUCUCCCCUCAGGCUGGAACAGGUUCCCCGUGAUUGCUUUAAUCAUACAUGCAAAUCCAGGUAUACACUGUGUCUCAAAACUUGUUUUCCAUGCAGUACCUGACUGCCUUGCUGGCAGGGACUGGAGAAUCUCCUCAUUCAUCUGGCCACUGGUCUGAUUUUCUGAUUACCAAACGUGCCCCUAAUGGAACAGGGUAGUAAUGAUAGCCGAUAGCUAAUGUAAGCCAAUUGCAACUUCAUAAAAAGUGAAAACAGGGUGUUUUUAAAAUACUGCGCUUAGUUUUGUAUGACUUCCAGGGUACCCUAUACAGUACAGUUGUAUGAAAUGAAACAUAUCCUGCCCAGGAUUAAUAAUCUAAUGUUGGGUUGCACCAGGACUUAGUUUUCUCUGUGUGCCUUUGUGAGGCUGUGUGUGUGAUUAUAUAGCAUUAAUGCUGGUCAAAUUAAGUAUAGUUGCCCGUAUCAGCUAAUCCUCAAAUGACGGUCUCCUCUUGCAGAACUUUGGUCUUUCAAAUCAUCGGGUGGAAGGGAUAUGCAUUCUUUCUUUGCCUUGCUAUGACCCUGCUCUAGCCAUCUUGGGAGUCCUGCUGUUUAUCAUUUAACAAAUGCAUUCAUCUCUGUGUGCGUGCUGGGGAGUAGGAAUGAAAUGGUGUCAUGGUAACGUAAGUGGUCAUAUAUUGCUUAUAGAAAGAAAUAGCCAGCAUGAAAUUGGCUGGAAAGUAUUUGUACUCUCAAAUCAUUAUGAAACCGAGGAGGAUGACCUAUUUCCCAACAGUUGGGCAGAAACUCAGCUGUUCAAGUGGUCAACUCCUAAUGAGAAAAUUGUACAUAAUGUGAUUGGUCCUAAGAAAUAAUGACACUGAAAGCAUUUUUUUAAAAAAAAAAUAUAUAUCUGCAGAAGUACAUAAUGCUGCCUGAGUCUGCAAACGAAGGUUUGCAGGCACACUUAAAUGAAAUUUCUGAAAAAGAAACAGGGUUUUAGCUUAGCCUUAUCUGCUAACUUUGUACAGUGGUACCUCGGGUUACAGGCGCUUCAGGUUACAGACUCCGCUAACCCAGAAAUAGUACCUCGGGUUAAGAACUUUGCUUCA